UGGAUUCAUAAAACCAACCUUUACUCCAUUUCUCAAAGCUAUAAAUACAUUACCCUCAUCACCCAUUUCAAUCACACAAUCCAAAAUAUUCAUCUACGUACCGGUAAGUUUCCGCAAUAAUUAGCUAGCCAUGUCGUUGAGGUCGCUAAAAACUGCGGUGCCACUCUCAGGAGGCAGCCAGCAAAUGUUGAGAAGUGACCGAAACAUGUUAGCUCUUUCCGACGAAAAUUCAAUGUUGAAGCAAAUUGAAGCAACUCAUGCCUCUGAUGGCCGUGAGUUUGAUUUGAGGCCUCUUCUCCAUAUCGUUGAAGAUAUCCUCAAUCGCGCCGGCAUUGUCCACGUCGAAACUACGGCUUCCCAAACACAUGCCGAAAUGGAAGACAAGAAUCGUGAAGCCAACUUUAUUAGCAUGCUUGAAGCACUUUCCUUUGUUAUUGAUAGAAUUGCUUGUGAGAUUUCAUACAAGGCUCUGGGUGGAGCUGAUCCUCAUGCGACAACAAUGUCAUUACUGAGCAUGCUUUCAAGCUAUAAUUGGGAUGCUAAGUUGAUGCUGAUCAUGUCCGCUUUCGCGUUAAACUACGGAGAAUUCUGGCUUCUCGUACAAAUUUACUCCUCCAAUCCGCUUGCCAAAUCAAUGGCCAUCCUCAAGCAGUUACCUUCCAUCAUGGAACACACAGCUCCACUGAAGCCUAGAUUUGAUGCACUUAACAGUCUCAUCAGGGUCAUGAUGGAUGUCACGAAAUGCGUCGUUGAGCUCCGGGAAUUACCUUCCGCUUAUAUUUCAGCCGAUGCUCAAGCCCUAACUACAGCCAUUGCUCACAUACCAACUGCUGUUUACUGGACCAUCAGGAGUAUUGUGGCCUGUGCUACUCAGAUUACCAGUCUCACCACAUUGGGACAUGAGUUUGCCACAACUGAGGCAUGGGAGUUAUCCACUUUGGCUCACAAACUCCAGAACAUAGAUGAUCAUCUAAGGAAGCAGCUUUCAACUUGCCAUCAACACAUAGAUGAAAAGAGGAGUGUUGAAUCCUAUCAAAUUCUUCUCAAUCUUUUUGAUUCUAUCCACAUUGACAACAUGAAGAUCCUCAAGGCCUUGAUUUAUUCCAAGGAUGAUAUCCAGCCCCUCGUUGACGGCUCUACCAAGAGAAGGGUUAACAUCGAUGUGCUAAGGAGGAAGAAUGUGCUGUUAUUCAUUUCGGGCCUAGACAUUUCCCGCGACGAGCUUUCCAUUCUCGAACAAAUAUACAACGAGUCGAGAAUCCACGCCACAAGGAUGGAGAGUCACCAGUACGAGGUGGUAUGGAUCCCAGUGGUGGAUCGGACAAUCCAAUGGAACGAUGCGAAGCAAAAGCAGUUCGAGAGCUUGCAAUCCACAAUGCCAUGGUACACAGUGCACAGCCCGACAAUGAUCGACAAAGUGGUGAUCAGAUUCAUCAAGGAAGUGUGGCACUUGAGGAAUAAGCCUAUAUUGGUUGUGCUUGACCCGCAAGGCAAAGUGGUUUGCCCUAAUGCACUUCACAUGAUGUGGAUUUGGGGAAGCAAUGCCUUCCCUUUUACUACCUUGAGAGAGGAGUCUUUGUGGAGAGAUGAGACUUGGAGACUUGAGCUUCUAGUUGAUGGCAUUGAUCCAUCUAUUCUUGACUGGAUCAAAGAAGGAAAAUACAUUUUCUUGUACGGCGGGGACGAUGUAGAAUGGGUAAGAAAGUUCACAACCACCGCAAAAGCACUAGCACAAGCAGCCCGAAUUCCACUGGAGCUGGUUUACGUAGGAAAAAGCAGCAAGAGAGAAAAAAUACAACGAAUCAUAGCCACAAUCACAGUCGAAAAACUCGGCCAUUACUGGGAUCCAACGAUGAUCUGGUUCUUCUGGACGCGCCUCGAAAGCAUGCUAUUCUCCAAGAUUCAGCUCGGCAAAAUCGACGAACACGACCCGAUGAUGCAAGAAAUCAAGAAACUACUUAGCUACGACAAAGAAGGCGGAUGGGCAGUUCUAAGCAGAGGUGGUAGCGUAGUUGUGAACGGACAUAGCAGUACCAUGUUGCCUACAUUGACAGAAUAUGAUCUCUGGAAGGAACAUAUUGGUGCUAAAGGAUUUGAUAUGUCGUUCAAAGAUCAUCACGAUAAGCUUCAUAGCCUUGCUCAUCCUUGCUCCCGAUUCGAGUUUCAUAGCAUGACGGGUAGGAUUCCCGAGCGGUUGAAAUGCCCCGAGUGUCUUCGGGGGAUGGAGAAAUAUAUUACUUUUCGAUGCUGCCAUGAGGAAGAUGUUGGUGAGAUUGAAUAUUAAGAGGAAAGUUGUGUACCGUUUAAUAAUUGAUGAUCAUGUCAUUGUCUUGUGUGUGUGUUGUUGAUUGAUUUCGUUCAUGGAUUUUAUCUAAUAUGAUGCUAAUAGCUGCCUUGUGGGUUUAAGUUGGUUGAAAGGCUUAAAUAAGAUUAUAUGAGAGCUUGUGUUAUGCAGUCUGAGCUUAUUAAUAAAACAUUUUCGAAAUA